UCGCGGAAGCAUCGUUGAGCGGUUCGAGUGGUAGGCAGGCAGGCAGGCAGUCAGGCAGGAGGAGGGUCAGAGGAAGAAGAGUGUCUCAGAAAACACUAAGCUCAGUGAAGCAUGUCGCUUCUGCCUUCGCAGGGACCUCUGUUAGCCAAACACAGGAGACUGCGAGGUUACCAAUGAGCCCUCUGACAAGCAGAUAACUGGCCUGUUGCUGCGAAAUAAACGAAGCGGAGGAAAAUGUCUCGCUGGAUCUGGCGCCCGCUGCUGCUGCUGCUGCUGCUGCUGCUGCUCCUUCUACGUGAAGUUGAAGCCCAAGUGGAAAACCGGGUGAUUUUCCUGCCAGGAACCUUCCAAAACGUGAGCGUCUCCCGGAAUGAGACGGUGCAGGCUGUGGUGUCCAGGAUCCCCGUGGAGGUCGCUUUCAUCACUCUGCAGUUCCACACGCAGCACCACAACGCCACGCUCUCCUACACCAGGAUGCCAGGCCAGGGUCACUCUCUGACGGCCGUGGACUCGGGGCUCCUGUCACCACUUGAGCCGGGCCAAGCGUCCCUCUCCUUGUUCCUGUCCUCUCCUGACGGUGACACUGUGGCGGGCAUGGGGGUCAUCCUCCCGUUCUCUGGCACCGAUCCAGUUCCUGGAGCUUGUAACAUGGAGUUCAGCCUGGAAAUUGAUCCAAACGUGUACAUUCACUACAACCUCUAUGAGAUCACAAUCCGCUUUGCACCAGCAAACAUAGGCUACGGGAGGGGAGAAACUCCUCCGGCCUGCGACCAAUCGACAGACACCAACACACGCUGGCGGCUGCAGUACGACGUCUACCAGUACUUCCUGCCUGAGAACGACCUAUCAGAGCGCAGCCUGUUCAGCGCCAUUCAGGCCGUGGCCGACAUCAAGGGCAUGAUGGCGAACGGCAAAUGGGUCAUGAGGCUGGCAUCAUCAGAUAUGAGCAUGGCGGUGUUCAACUCCAUCCCAGGUCAGGGUGUCAUUUACUCCGUCAUCGUCAGAGACCCUUUGCUAAACACCUCGGCCUCCUACGUCCCCGUCCACACCUACGCCUGCAGCUUUACAUCCACUCUAGACGGCUGUUAUACACUCGGAAAGAUAUCCACGAAGCUUUUCUUCACCAUCACUGGUUUGGCAGGUCUGUUUGUCUGCUUCGUUGGCCAUCGAUACUUCAAGUGUGAGCUGUUUUGCAUGGGAUUCAGCUUCGCAGCCUUUUUCUUCUUCGUGCUGAUCACAAGGACCACAGACCUGAACUACGACAUCUGCCUGGCCCUGUCGGCGUUGAUCGGCGUGGUGGGCGGGGUCCUCCUGGUGAUGAGCUGGUGGCGUUUCGGUUCGGUGAUGGCCUGCAUCGUCGUGGUCGGGCUGAUGCUCGGCUUCCUCGUCGCCUCCACCGUCCUCUUCACCCCCCUCGGUGACCUGGAUGUGUUGAGGCGUUCAGAUGUGGUUUUCUGGGCGAUGUUCUGCUGCAUCAUGAUCGCUGUUCCGCUCUUCUUCCUGCGCUGGCCCAGAGAGGGAAACAUCAUCACGUGCGGCGUUGUCGGUGGCUACGCUGUAGUCCUGGCCGUGAACGCCUACAUCUACACCAGCCUGUCGUACAUCACGCUGAACAUCCUCAAACGCUUCCUCAACAACAACUUCAGCUCGGUGUUCACUGACGUGCCCUUCCAAGCCAUCGACUACGCCAUGAUCACUGUGUGGGUGGUGCUCGGCGUCUGCGGCAUCGUCCUGCAGCUCUACCGCGAGCACUCCCGCCCGUUCUUCCCGCCCAGCCCGUACCUCAUGUGGCUGCAGGAGCGCGAGCGCCGGAAGACCAACGUCCUCGACCCGAGCCACCACUUCCCCCCGCUGCCCAACCGCCUCCUGGCCAGAGCGCGGCAGCUCACCAAGAGGACGGAGCCGGCCGGAGAACACACACCCCUGCUCCUGUAACCUCAGCUGCCCUCAUCACCUCAGUCACAUGUUGGAUUAUUAUACUCACAGUCGGGUCCUGAGCCAGACAGGAAAAGAUCCCCGGGGUGCCGUUAUGACCUGUGCCGGCUCAGUUACGAGGAAGCCAGAGAUUUGGGUGCUGGGAGGAAUUUGGUUCUUAAUAACUGGCGCUGGAACAUCUGGGAAAUGCAGCACACAUGACCUAAACAGGAUUAUAUCACUGAGACUGACUCUUCAGGUGGAUUUUUGAAAAAUUAAAAGUUUUUGUAUGAAGACUGACUUUUUUUUUUUUCCCCUGAAAGCCACUUUUACUGAACACUUAAAUGACAUUUUAUAAAUCACUGAAACUGAUCACGGAGGACUGAAGAAACGUCGUCGAAUGUCUUUUUUAACUACUAAACUGUCGACGCUCUGUGGUGUGUGCUGCUUCUGCUCGUUUCGCUGCUUGCACUUAAGUCACAAACUGCUAAUGAUUUACAAAGCGAGGCAUUUUAUCUGCAGAGUUCGAUUAAUGCAACAAAAAACAAAAGUCUGAUAUCCACAUUUUGUCCUAAAGUGUGUGUCGACAUUCAUAUUUGGUAGUUUUGUUUCAAACUACACACUCAGGCCAGACCUUGACUAAAAGUACUGUGUAAUUGACAGUGAUUUUAAACUAAGAACACACUGAAUCCACUAAAAUAAACAUGUGCCAUUUGUCCCCUGAAUGUUUUGCUUCGCAGGUGAAGUGAGGAUGAAGGUCAAGAACAGGCACCAAACAAAAAUCUGACCGAGUGUUUUUUUUUUUCCAUUGUGGCCACAAAAUAUGAAAAACCACCGAUGUGUUUCCUCUCUGUACAACAGAUGUUAUAACCUCCUCGUGACUCUUGUGUUCUUGACCGGGACUUCACUCGGCAGGCCGCUCAGCCUUUUUUGUUAUUUGCACACUGGAUUUUAAUAUAUUUAAUUUUAUUUCUGGCUUUAACGGUGCUGAUUGAUCCCUGUUCUCAUCUGUCAAUCUGUCGUGCCACGGCUCUCUCAGGGUUUCACGCUCGGCUUUUAGACCACGCUGCACUGAGACGACUGAUGAAACCUUCCACUUCGGUCUUUAAGCCUGUAAACGUCUGUCAGUAUUGUAUUGAGCCACUGAGCUGAACUCUCUUGUCCUCAGGACUCUGUUUAAAGAAAUCCAAAACAAUACGCAGAAGAAUGAGGUCAACUGUGUCUGUAAUUUAACAUGUUUUUAUAUUUAAUAAACGCCUUCAGGUGAAAAA